CCCUAGAUCCACGCCAGCGAUAUUUAUGAUUGUUUUCUUGUUUUCAGGACCAAUAGUCACAUCAGUGAUUGGAAGUCGAAUUCCCAGAUAUAUUCUCUUGGGUGAGACGGUCUCGGUUGCAGCCAAAAUGGAGGCUUUUGGAAAACCUGCUAGGAUUCAUGUCAGCGAGAUGACGCAUGACAUUGUGGCUGAUGCUGAAGAAUUCCUGCUUGAGGAGAGAGUUGACCGAAACAUCAUGGUAAGUGGUGCUGACUACGUAACAUGGGGUUCUACUAUACCAAACAAAAUCCAAGUGGCAACAACGUUAUCGUAUCAUAAUCUCAACCUCAUGACAUCACUGAGGGGCCGAACACGAACUUUCUGGCUGACCAGCCCGACAACAGAAAUGUCGUUUUCGAAUGACUCGUCCAAUCGUGGUCCAUUACCCAGUAACAACGAUGACGAUGUGAUUGUCGACACUGAAUAA